UUCACGUAGCACUUGGUUGGCGGUGUAAUUUACACUCUGUUUUCCUCCCCGUGAGAUCAUCGUGUUCCCAGCAUUCGUCGGGGCCCGAAACAUCAGUGAAUGACUCGAUCAACACAAGUUUAAUCACCCCUCUUUCUCCAUCUUCAAUCCUACACAAUACUCGUUGCUUGAAGAAAAAAACGAACAAAUUCCAUGUACAUACUACACGACUACCACUUCAAUCAAACCAUCAGAAUCUGCCCUGAAUCGAUUUGCAUGUAUCAUAAGGUUCGUCGCUUUCAAUAAUUUCAUGCUCCAGUUCUUGUUCUUGUUUUGGUAUAAUAUGAUACUGGAUGCACUCGUUUAGUUGAUUUGAAUACCCACAUGCGAAAACCACCUUCACUGAUUUUGUUGAGUCAAAGAGGUUUUCGGUGAAUCCCUGAUGGAAAAGGAACCGCUUCUUCCAUCGCAUUCGAAAUUCAUUAGAACGCCGUCGCAACUCCGCCAUCUAGCGAUAGAAAAUGAAAUCUCCAUUCCGCCAUCUCUUACUCCUUCGGAGUUUAAAGAUAUGCUCAUAUUUGGUUCUCCUAGAGGAGAUCCAUCUUCGCAAACGGUUGAUGCCCUAAAUCUACGACUGAAUAUUGAUAAUUCCAGUAAUUCCCCGCUACACUUUGCUUCUAGUUCCAAUUCCAAUCUGGGUUCCAACCCACUUCCUAUUAUAAAUCCAGAAUUACAAAUUCAAAUCACACCAUCUCGACCGGUGGAUGCUGAUUUCCCGAUUAAGAAAAAAAAUCUACAUCGCUCAAAAACCGCCCCUGCCAUUUGUAAUAUCAAUGAGCUCGAUCAGAAUUCCAAGAAUAAACCACCACAGUUAGCAUUUCCUUCCAUUGUUCGCCAAUCAGUUGUGUUACUGGUCGUGUAUCUGCUACUUGGUGUGAUUAUAUAUUGGUAUAACAGGGAAAAUUUCAUUGGUAAAGAGACAUAUGUGGUUGUUGAUGCUCUAUAUUUUUGUAUUGUGACAAUGUGUACAAUUGGUUAUGGCGAUAUACUUCCAAAUAGUCCAGUAACUAAAAUGUUCUCAAUCUUGUUCGUGUUGGUUGGUUUCGGGUUUAUUGAUAUCUUGCUCAGUGGGAUGGUUAGUUAUGUUCUUGAUUUACAAGAGAAUUACUUGUUGAGUUCUUUAAGCAAUGGGAAAAGACGAGAUCACCCCUCGUAUAUAAUCGACUACAAGAAGGGAAGAAUGAGGAUCCGAAUGAAAGUCGGGUUAGCUUUAGGGGUUGUGGUUCUUUGUAUUGGUAUAGGUGUUGGUGUUAUGCAUUUUGUGGAGAAACUUGGUUGGCUUGAUUCUUUUUAUCUUUCUGUUAUGUCUGUGACUACCGUUGGAUACGGUGAUCUUGGGUUUUCAACUACCACGGGUCGGGUUUUUGCUUCCGGUUGGUUGCUUGUGUCAACACUUGCGGUUGCCCGUGCGUUUCUUUAUUUGGCUGAGGCUCGAGUCGAUAAACGACAUCGGAGGAUGGUUAAAUGGGUUCUCGAUCAAGAUCUCACCGUUGCUCAAUUUCUUGCUGCAGAUAUUGACAAUAAUGGUUCCGUCAGUAAAGCGGAGUAUGUGAUAUACAAGCUGAAGGAAAUGGGAAAGGUUUCAGAUAAAGAGAUAUUGGAGAUAUGCAAAAUAUUUGAUCGGCUCGAUACAGGAAACUCGGGUAAGAUAUCGCUUGGUGACCUCAUGCAAAGUCGACGCAUGUAGAGAAGGUGAAACAUAUACACGGUUUGUGUAGUAAAUUUGAUGUUGAAUUUGGAUGUGAAAGUUAUAGAAACAGAUUCGAUUUUUUGAUGGAUCACAUGUUACAUGCUUUUGCAAAUUUGGAUGAAUGGUGUUUCGAUUGCUAUA